GGACUAUAAAGUCGGUGGCAUCUUGGGGGGAAGUAUCCAGUAAAGUCUGGACUUCGCCCAGAUAUCGGAGUGCCUGUAAGACAUGAAAUUUUUGAUUCCUACGAUAUUGUUUGGCCUACUGGCCACAGCGGCGUGCGAGAAGGGAACCACGAAGAACGUGGCAGCUCAAGAAUCUAACGUAGAAAAGAAGCAAGAGAAACGAGGACUCAGUCAUUUCGAGGGAGGCAUCGAAGGCGGUGACUACGGCGGAGGACAUGAGAUCGCUCUGUCAGGAGGCCAUGGCGGUGGAUACGAAGGAGGUGACUAUGGUGGUGGCUACGGCGGUGGUUCUGGUGGAGGCUAUGGUGGUGGCUACGACGAAGGUGCCAAAGUAAAGGAAGUCACGAUUGUAAAGAGCGUGAAGGUACCCUAUCCGGUCGAGAAGAAGGUCCACUAUCCAGUAGAGAAAGAAGUACCAUACCCAGUCAAGGUCCCCGUGCCACAACCGUACCCAGUGGAAAAGAAGAUUCCGGUACCAGUAAAGGUUCUGGUCAAAGUACCGGUACAUAUUCCACAACCCUAUCCCGUGGAGAAGAAGAUACCGUAUCCUGUCCAAAUACCCGUGGAAAGGCCAGUACCGUACAAAGUUUACGUGCCACAACCGUAUCCAGUGGAGAAGAAUGUACCUUACCCCGUGAAGGUACCUGUACCACAGCCUUACCCCGUUGAGAAGCCUGUACCAUACCCCGUGAAAGUUGUGGAACACGUUCCCCAGCCAUUCCCUGUCGACAAACCUGUACCGUACCCUGUGAAUGUGCCUAUUGACCGACCUUAUCCCGUUCACAUCCCGAAACCGUACCCAGUUCCGGUCGAGAAGCCAGUACCAGUGCCUGUCGAGAAGGCUGUACCUUAUCCAGUCAAGGUACCCGUAGAGAGACCAGUCGGAGUUCCCGUAGAAAAGCCGGUACCUGUCGAAGUUAAGGUACCCAUACCAGCGCCAUACCCAGUGGAGAAACAUGUACCGGUUCCUGUUGAAAAGCCUGUACCCUACGCGGUUAAAGUACCAGUCGAACGACCAGUAGCAGUUCAAGUCACGAAGCCAGUACCAGUGCCUGUCGCCAAACCUGUGCCCUAUCCAGUUAAGGUACCUGUACCUGUGUCGGUGCACAGCCACGGAGGAGGUUAUGAGUCUGGAGGUUACGAAUCUGGAGGUUACGAAUCUGGAGGUUAUGAAUCUGGUGGUGGCUACGAGUCUAGUUAUGGAGGGCAUUAGAAGAAUUAAGAUCGAAAGGUCGCCAUUGACACCUGGUAAUAUCGGCUCGACCGCCCAAAUUGUCGCGUCGCCUUGAUUUUCCCUUUUUGGAAAUUCCUUAGAAUUCAUUUUCGACGCGACGAGGGUAUAUUUAUUUUAAUUAUUUCUCAAAAAAUCAUUUCGCUGGGUUGAAGAACGAUUUAUAGAAGGAAUGAGUUGCGAAGUGGACGCUAGUUUUUGGGAGAAAGCGUUCUUCAGCCAGUGAUUCAUUCUAUUUAGAUCCUAGUGUUUUGAUAUCCUUUGAUACCUGAGUACCUAAGAAUACACAUAUUGUACAUGUACGAUGUAUUGUAUAAAGAUUCACGCGGCGUCCGUCGGCAGAGUGACUGAUUUGAGCUCAGCUUGUCGGACGCCCAUAUACCAUGUCUUU